UUUGGGCCUGGUUGCCUUGGGAAAGAAUUGCUCAUGGGGGAGUUUCCAGAAUAUGCUUCAUUUCAAGCGUUACGUCUACAAGCGUAACUCAAUGCUUGACUCAAGCAAAGAGUAGUUACGCUUUACUUUUACCAGAGCGGCAAUAUCAGUAUAGUUAGCAAGUGCUAAGUGACACUGACAAAAAAUACUAAGAAUUAUGGUAGAUUACAGAAAUGCGUCUGCUAAUGAGAAUCAGUCAGUAGAAGGCUGAGAGUGUGAGGUGUUACUUUAUGCCUAACCCCAGGUGCACCGAAUCCACGUACGAGCGCGCCCUGGAGCCAGGCGGCAGGACUUCGCGUACGACCUAGCCCUGCUCGUGCUGAAGACCGCCGUCCACCUUACGCCCGUGUGCUUGCCCAUGCCGGGUGGCGGCGCGCUGCAGCGGCUGGCACCGGGAUCGAUUGGCCUGGUUGAGUACAAUGGCAAGAUCAUCGAUCCGGCGAGCACAAACUUCUUGGUGCCUGUCCAUUACCGCACCACCAGCGAGUGCGAGGGGCUCGUCAGUGGCACCAGCUCGACUCAAUGGGCCGAGGAUGAGUUCUGCGCUGAGACCACGGUCAUGGACUUGGAGGAAGGUGGCGCAGCCGGGACCGCGCCAAUGGGCUACGCGCUUUCCGUCAUGACUGACGGCCUGUGGUAUCUCCGCGGCGUGUUGAGCGGCUCGCGGCAGAGCGACGUCCUUACCUUCGCCAGCCUGGACGACCCCGAAGCGCUCGAGUGGGUGGUCAACAUGACUCGCCUCGACACCCAGGGCGACAAAGCAGGUUGGAGACCGGCCCAAGAGACGUCUGGCACAAGCCCGACUACUCCAUCUGCAACGAAAAUGAGUAUCACGACGCCAGCGGCCAACCUGCCCACCACACUGCCCACCGAUUCACCGCUACAAAAGUGCGGCCAGACGACGCUGCCACUGGCCUCCCUGAGCGCCAAUCAGAGCCUGCCUGGCCACCUACCCUGGACCGUGGGCGUGUACGUCCAAUCGGAUCGGAGUGACAACGACUACGAUGUGUACGCUGGGGCCCUGGUGGCAGACAACGUUGUGAUGACUGACGGUAACGGUGUGGUGGUUCCUUAUGGGCGGAGGAACGACACUGGAGAUGUCCGUCUUGUGGCCCCAGGAAAGCUGCAUGUGGUGUGGAUGAGCCCCAACGGAAAGAAGAGACGGGUUGAGGUGGCCUCCCUGCACGUGCAUGAGCGCGACCGCGGAGCGGCCCGCGACCAUGCCUGGAACGUGGCGCUGCUGGUGCUCAAGACCCCCAUCAAGAAUGGAACCUUGGCCUGCCUCGACCUGGCCGGCCGCGCACCAGCUCAGCCACCUCUUGUCCCAGAAAACGUAGGCGUGACGGAGACAUGGCGCGGAAACUUCGUCUCAGACCGCCGCGUCCUGGUCGCGCUGUCCACCCUCGGCUUGGAGGACUGUCAUGCCAGACUGCUUGGUCGGUGGGAGUCAGAAGGGCGCUCCCUCACGGACGACAGAAUCUGCACGGCGAAGGCCAGCGAGGAGGUGUGGAAAGGUGCGGCCUUGCUGGCGCGUCGGGGCGACUCUUGGUUCCUGCGCGGCAUCCUUUGCUUCAGUUUCGCGGACGGACACGUCUUCACGGACUUGAAUGGAGACAGCGUCAGGAACUGGCUGCGCGAGAAGCUACACUCCUCGUGGAACAAUGACCUACCGGAAGUCAAAACAAUCUCGCCACUGCCCGGCGCAAGGCACUUCUUCUUCGAUGGCCUCGCGCUGGACCUGGGGCUCAUCUCGCUCUUCGUGGUCAUUGCUGCAGCGGGGGCUUACUUCUUGCUGAUCACGUUCUGGCCGAACAGAAGCCAUCAUGUCAUGGCUUCACGCUGCCAAUGCUUCGCAGCCUGCAAGCGCCUGGUGCCAACGCCUGCUGCGAGGCACGCGAACACGGUCGCCACGGACCAGGACAGUUACGUCGACCAGCAUGGCAACAGCGACGACGAAGAGACCAGACCAGCUCUCGCCGUAAUCUUCAACAACGAGGCGGGUGCGCAAAUCCAAGCACGCGAGUGAUGUUAGACCGGCGACGCGGUUGGGAUACUGCCACGGCUACCUACACUUAGAAUCUAAACGUUAUGAAUAUAGCGUCAAUGAAAAAGCAUUGCACAUAAAGUGCAUAAUGCAUUCCCAUCCCCAUGCAUUAGCAUAGGGCAUUUUCGGGACGCAUUGCACGAAAGGUGCAGUAUGGUUGAGGCAUCGCACGCAUAGGGGUCAUUCUACAGAAAUGUUACAAUUUGAUGUCCCUGCCCCUUUGUGACGAAACGGUUCGUCCUAGAAAGACGCGGUUUGCGCGGUGAGAUGGUGCUUUUUCUGCUUCAAAAUGAUCCACUAUUGGGUUUGAAAGUUUCUGAGGUUUUCAGAUGGCUGUGGCCUCCGGAAGGUGCAAAAUGUAAACACUGAAAAAAGUUGUCGUAAUUUUAUGACAUAUUGGCGAUGAAUGCUUCAUAAUUUUAAGAAUGGCUCGUUUUAUGCUCACUAUGAAAAAAUCAUAAAUGAACAAUUAUGAACCUUUCAUAUUUUGGUUGAAAAAAGUGCCUGAAAAUGCCCGAAAGGUAUUCAGAUUUUACGAACCAUUCAUAAAAUAAUGAACCAUUCAUCGUUCAAUUGUUCCUAAAUUUACGAUUUUUUAAUGGGAAAA